AUGGCGGGGUGGUUCGGUCAAAAACUGAGGGGAAUGGCAUUGAUUUCGAUCGGAACUGUCAUGGACAUGCUUAAGGCCAAACCCGUCCAUUCAUGUUUGACUGCACCAGUACCACCGCUCGGCAAUCGACUGGCUGAGGUCGGCCUGUUCCCGACCCCACUUUUUUAUGCCGGUGGGGGGACCCUUCGUGGGGAGCUCAUGAUCAUGUACAUAGCCUUCGGGAGGGCUCGUACGGCCGGACGGCAUCCACACUUCAAGUACCCUCCAGGGAAUCCAUCAAAUUGGUUCUGA